CAGGGUAGGCUUUAGGACCGGGGGGCCGACACGUGGUGACAGGACAACCGGAAGCCGGAACUCACGUUACUGAUCUGCGAUGGCUCAGCAGGCCACGGCGGGGCGACGCUGCCUGCGAGCGUUCGUUAGCGGAUUCUUCGUCGCCGUCCCCGUAACCGUCACCUUCCUCGAUCGAUUCGCCUACGUGGCGCGAGUGGAGGGAUCAUCGAUGCAGCCAUUCCUCAACCCAGAGGGGGGGUCCAAGUGUGACGUCGUCCUGCUGAAUCGUUGGAGUGUGAGAAACUACCAGGUCCAACGAGGUGACAUCGUCUCUGUUGUGUCCCCGAGGAAUCCAAAGCAGAAGAUCAUCAAACGGGUCAUUGGCCUGGAGGGAGACUUCAUCAGGACUCUGGGCUACAAGAACCGCUAUGUUCGAGUUCCAGAUGGUCACUUCUGGAUCGAGGGAGAUCAUCACGGCCACAGUCUGGACAGCAACAGCUUUGGACCGGUGUCUGUGGGGCUGCUUCACGGUCGGGCCUCUCACAUCAUCUGGCCACCAAACCGCUGGCAGCGAAUCACACCAUCGCUCCCCGCGAACCGAGGACCGCUGGACACCGAAGAGGAAGAGGACUGACAAACGCCCACAUUGCAUGGCUUUUAUAUAAACCGUGUUCACUGUACUCUCAGGUUGUGUUUUGUUCAUUUCACUGCAGUCUAUUUUUUAAAAAUAUUUCUUUGUUGAAGGCUGAAAAGACGACAAACUGAAGCCCUGUCCAUGAACUUCACAUUUUACAUGAAAAAUUAAAGAUUUUGUCUGUAAAUCACCAAGAAUUCUUUAUUUUGUUCGGAGAAAAGUUUGUGGUAUUUUAUCAACUAAGCAAAUAAUCACUGGCAAAGUGAUGGGUAAUUAAACUCAUUUGUAAUUUCCGCCCUA